AACAAUGAAAUCUAUGGCUCCUAACAUCCCUCGCCUCGUUCCAUCAUCAUCAUCGAUUCAUCAUCAUCUUCUUCUUCUUCUUCUUCUCUCUUUCUCUCUGUCUCUCGGUCUCUCUUUGUGGAAAUGCAGCUUCUUCGUAGUCCUCCCGAUUUCCCACUUCCAAUAUCGAGCAGAUCUCCAUCCUUCGAAGUUACAAAGAAACCUUCAUUUCUAUCUACUGGUUCUGCUCGUUUCACUAAAACUCAUCCCAAUGAGCAAUUCACUCGGCCACUGACUUCAAGGAGCUCGGUCUUCACCAGACCUGCUUCUCUUCAAGCUGGAACUCCAGUACUGUCAGUUGAUACAGCAAAGAAUGAUGUUUUGAAUGCUCUGUCCCAGAUUAUUGACCCGGAUUUUGGAACUGAUAUUGUUUCCUGUGGCUUUGUCAAGGACCUGAACAUUGAUGAAAGUUUACAAGAGGUUUCGUUCCGCUUGGAGCUUACAACACCGGCAUGCCCAAUCAAGGAUGAGUUUGAAAAGAAGGCAAACAAAGUUGUGGCUGCACUCCCGUGGGUUAAAAAUGUCAAUGUGACAAUGUCUGCGCAACCUGCAAGAACAGCUUAUGCGGGGGAGCUUCCAAUGGGAUUACAGUCUAUUUCAAAUAUCAUAGCAGUUUCAAGUUGCAAGGGAGGUGUUGGAAAAUCUACAGUUGCUGUAAACCUUGCAUACACUUUAGCUGGAAUGGGUGCUAGAGUUGGCAUAUUUGAUGCUGAUGUAUAUGGUCCAAGUUUGCCAACAAUGGUUUCCCCUGAAAACCGAUUGUUGGAAAUGAACCCAGCUACAAAGACUAUUAUCCCAACUGAGUACUUGGGUGUCAAAUUAGUUUCUUUUGGAUUCGCUGGACAAGGGCGUGCUAUAAUGCGAGGUCCAAUGGUUUCAGGAGUAAUCAAUCAACUACUCACUACUACUGAGUGGGGAGAGCUAGACUAUCUUCUUAUUGAUAUGCCUCCAGGGACGGGUGACAUCCAGCUUACAUUAUGCCAGAUAGCUCCCUUGACUGCAGCUGUGAUUGUGACCACUCCUCAAAAGCUAGCGUUCAUUGAUGUUGCGAAAGGAGUUCGUAUGUUUUCAAAGCUUAAGGUUCCUUGUGUGGCUGUAGUGGAGAACAUGUGCUAUUUUGAUGGUGAUGGUAAACGGUAUUACCCCUUUGGUAAAGGUUCUGGUGCUCAGGUCGUGAAGCAGUUUGGGAUACCAAAUCUCUUUGAUCUUCCAAUCAAACCAACUUUAUCAGCAUCAGGAGAUUCUGGAAUGCCUGAAGUGGUUGCUGAUCCUCUCAGUGAAGUAGCCAAAACAUUUCAAAAUCUUGGUGUUUGUGUCGUUCAACAAUGUGCUAAAAUUCGCCAACAAGUGUCGACAGCUGUAACCUAUGAUAAAACUAUAAGAGCAAUCAGAGUGAAAGUUCCUGAUUCAGAUGAGGAAUUCUUACUUCACCCUGCAACGGUGAGAAGGAAUGAUCGGUCUGCUCAGAGUGUGGAUGAAUGGACUGGUGAGCAAAAACUACAAUAUGGCGAUGUUCCAGAAGACAUCGAGCCAGAAGAUAUAAGACCAAUGGGAAACUAUGCAGUUUCAAUCACUUGGCCAGAUGGGUUUAGCCAGAUAGCACCUUAUGAUCAGCUACAAACCAUAGAGCGGCUUAUCGAUAUCCAAUCACCGAUGUCCGUUAACCUGGAUGUUUCCUGAACAUUGUGGAUAUCUGUCUAGGAAUAUUACUGACUGCUGUGAAGUGUGUUCUGAUUAGCUCUUGUUUGCAAAUAUAUAUAUAUCUAUUUGACAGACAGGAAAAAAAUUAAGUUGUUCAAUAUAUAUAACGUACGUACUCCAA